CUAACACAUAUAUCAAUGUGGUUCUGUGUAUAUAAACUAAAGGACUCUCUCCUCUCGGUAGACGAUGCGUUCGCUGGCAUGGACUGGAUGUCGGAGAAAAUCGACCUGAGUGAUUUGGACCUGGAGUCUCUGAUUGGUUCUGACGACUCCCCCGAGGAGCUGCUGGCCUCCCUGGACCCCCACCUGGACCUGGAUCUGGACACCUUCCACUCCUCCCUCCCUCUGCCUCUGGAUCUCCCCCUGGAGGAGGAGGUGGUGCUGAAAUCCGAGCCCCCCUCCUCUGCUUUCCCCCUGGACCUGGCGAGUGAAGUGGACGUCCUGGAUGUCCUCUCCUCCCCCGUUGUACUCCCCUCUCCUCCCCCCUCAGGCCACAUAUUGGUAGUGAACGCUCUCCCCGAUCAGCCAAUCAAAACCUCUCCUCCAUCCAGCGACUGUGAGAGCGACUCAGGCAUCGAGUCCUUCACCGACUCCCCCCCUCGCCUCCUUUCUUCUCCUCCAACUCCAACGCUUCCCUCUUCCUCCAGGACCAAGCCGUACUCUAAAAAACCCUCCUCUUCCUCCAUCUCCAUCAAAAUGAAGUCGGUGUCCGGCGCUCCCAAGGUGGUGGAGAAGAAGCUGAAGAAGAUGGAGCAGAACAAGACGGCGGCCACUCGUUACCGGCAGAAGAAGCGGGUGGAGCAGGACCUUGUGAGCGAGGAGUGCGAGGAGCUGAUGAAGAAGAACGAAGCUCUGGAGGAGCGAGCGGAGGCCAUCAGCCGGGAGAUCAAGUACCUGACGGAGCUGAUGGAGGAGGUCCGCCGGCGCCGCAACAAGAGCAAGGCUCCGUGAAGAGGGGCCAUCGCUACAACCAAAGGGUUCCUCAGGAGAUCCAGUCGGGGGAAGGUCCCUCAGCCCCCACAAUGCACCUCUGUACUAACAGUUUGUCGUUCCCUCACUUCAGUGAACCCCCGUCUCAAGAGCUUCAAGUCCAGAAAGGGCCUCGACACCUCCACGAGUCCCUGAUGUUAAACUGCGUGUGUGUGUGUGUGUGUGUGUAUAUAGUGUUUCCUCCUAUGCUGCAGAUAUAGAAGCUCCUGUUGUUGAUCGCAGGGUAAUCCUGAUCGUAGCCCUCCGUGCUGCUGAUCGCCUUGUAAAAAUGCUUUGCUCCUCUUUUCUAAUAAAUAUCUUUCAGUGCUCA